GUAUCUGAUUUAUCAUAUAUGAAUAUUUUUCUUUAGUAUGGUAUGUAAAUAUUGAAAUCAGUUGAAAUCUGUUUUAAUAUAUAUAUGCUAUAUAAUGACUGAAUCUCAUUACUCUGAAAUGAAGGUACGCUGCAUAGGUUUAUCUAUGUGAUAUGACUACGGUCAAACUUUGCUGAUGAAACAGAAAUAUUGAAAUAAUUACAACUGUAUGUUUUGUUUGACCUUCACCUUUUUAUGGGUGUGGCGUCAUUGUCAAAAGAUUCAUGAAUAGCGAAUAUGCAUUUGUUAAAGCGGGAUCAGUUGACCUAUUUUAGAAAUAAAUAAAAAUAAUAAAUAAAAAAAUCCUUUAAUUGAUUUUUUCUCAUGUAUUCUAAUCAAACUUGAUUUGUUGCAUCUUUAUUAGGCCCGCAGCCAACUUUGUUCAGCUGGGACAUUUAACCCCUUUUAGGGGCUGCUAGAGCUAAAACUAGAAAUGCCUUUAUACAGCGUCUCAUGAACAGCUGUGUGGAUCUUUGUCAUACUUGGUCUGGAGCAUCAUUAUAAGGUCCUCUUCCAAAUUUAUUUAUAUAGGAACUUGGGCCCUAUUAGGGACCACUAUAGCUAAAAGUAGAUAUGCCUUUCUUCGCAUUAACCACUAAAAUGUAAUGGAUUUUUAUCAAACUCGAUGUGUAACAAUAUCGUAAGGUCUCCAGCUAUUUUGUUACAAAUGGGGAUAGGGACCAAUUUAGCUAAAAAUAUAAACACCUUUAAUGAAUCUUCAUCAAACUAUUGCUGUAAUUAUUCGUCUAAGGAUAAACGAAACAAAAUUGCAACCCUACGAAACCUUUGCGAAAAAUUAAAAGAGAACCAUUUAAAUUGUUAAAGUGCGGUAUUUAGUUUUGCAAUUUGAAAAAUGUUAGAUAAAAGAUGAAUGUUAGAUGAAAAAUUCAUAAACUUCUUUCCUUAUUACACUUCGCCGACCAUCAUUUUUAAUGAUAUUUCUUGUGUUCAUAUAUAAUCUUUUUAAGAAGCAAGAAAAGUAUUAUUUCGAUUUGCCUAUGCAAAAACUUAAAGUUAUCCUCCUUUUAUCGAAACAUAUUGUUGAUGUGCAUCAUCACGUGACUUGGUCGUCUCGUGAGCUAUCGACACGGCAUACGUGAAAAGGUGAAAAUUCGCCCUGAAGGGAACCUAUGCUGGCGGUAUGUAAUAUCGAUUAAACUAAGGACGAAAAAAAAAUUCAGCAGGCUUAAAAUGAACAAACAAGCAUAUGCGAAUAUAAUAUUUAGCACAUUACUCAUUUAUUAUCUGAAAAACAAAAGAAAUGAGGAUAAAAUUUAGUAUGUGCCUCUAUGUGUAUAUUUCCCUUACAGAAAUAGAGUCACUAUUAGAACAAAGCUUAAAAACGUAUAAUAAUGUUGUUUAAAAACAGAAUGUUCAAGUAUUAAAGAUUCAAACAACGACAGUGAUUAACUCGCUAAUGUUUUCUACACUUCUUUUUUUGUGUAGGAAAUUUACUCCUCCCUACAUCUUGGAAAGAACCAUUUGGACUUUGUCAAAAUACUAAGAUCAACAUCGAUCUUUUCAUGGUUCGCAAGGCUAUCGUAGUGUAACCAGGCGUCGCAUUCAUCCCAUCUUGCUCUGAAAUGUAUCUUAUAUCUGAAUGUAAUGCAUGAUUUCUAAAAAAACUAACUUUAGUUAGUGAUUUUGACAUAUUUGUGUGAGAUUUGUGCGACGGAUACAGAUUGUGUAAAAUGUAUUGGCUGCUGUAUACGUCACGUGAGCGGCACGCGCGGCUAUCGCUACGUUUGUUGUAAAGGCAUUUCACCAAUGACCGGUGUUGAACAUAGCAUGAUGAAAUAUUUUUUAUCAGUGCUUCUGCAGAAAGAAUAUUUAUCGAAAUACCGCGAGCAUAGGAAUACCGCGAGCAUAGGUUCCACCACUCUAGACUUGAAUUUUGUAUAAAAUUUCAUAUCAUUCUUUUACUGGCAUGCAAACAGACGUUCUGACAUACAUUUUAAAUAUUUGUUUGUUAUGUUAUUUUUCAUAUGUCAUCAAAUGUAAAAUAAAGCUAUCCCCUAUAGACUAAAUCAGUGUAUAUGUAAAAAACGUCAGUGAAUGAAAAGUAUUUGAUAGAAAUUUAAAAAGCUGAAUGUUUUUGAAAAGAGAAUAUAUUUAUAUUAUUAUUCUGAUUUAUAUAAUUUAAAGAAAUCUUGGAAAGUUUGUUAAGAUGUGGAUUUUAAACUAAUAAUGUAAAAAAUGACCAAAGCUAUCCUGUACACCCUGAAUCAGCGCAUAUGUAUACAAUGGCGUUAAGAGAAAAAACACAUGAAUUUCUAUGAAAAGCUGGCUGUUUUAAGAAGAAUAGAUGUUUUCUGUCUGAUAUCCUGAAAAAAAGCUACUACUUUUAUUUCUUUGAACUGGAAUGCAGGAAAAAUUAGUUAGCUAUCCACUAUACCCUAAAGCACUGUAUCUUGGUGCAAACAAUUUCGAUGAAUACGCCAAAUUCCAAUUUUUAUUUUCAAGUGAUUACUGUAAGGGUCAUUUAGCAGGCUGGUAACAUUGCCCGAUCGGGCUUUGGAGAUAAAACUAAUAUUUCUUGAAAAAUAAUGAAGAUAUUUCUUUCAAACUUGGUCCAUUUAUGAAGCAUACUGGUUCAGUGCCUAAAUCCGGACAGUGCUUAAUUAUUCAGACACCGUUUAAAAAUGCUUUACGAUCAUGAUUUUUUACUGAAGUGAACGGGAUCGACGCAAACGAAAGCUUUGAUGACCGGCUGUCAAAAAACAGUGUACAAAUGUAAGCUUUUCUAGAGAAAACUACCUUCAAAUAUCCACACGGCAUGAAGUAAACUUGUGUGUGUUGGGGGAUGACGUCAUACAGCGCGCGCCAGUUAUUAGAGGUGCGACUAGUAUCUACAUGGACAAGUUUCAGCCACAUAUGACGAUGGAUACUAAGCUUGAGAAACUGUUUGAAGAAAUCCAGACAGCUGCAGGGGAUAGACUGACAUUUCCUAUUAAUUCUAACCUGAACUCUUCACAGGUUGGCAGCAUCAAACACCCAGAGAUACAACAGUUAAGUCAGCUCACUGAUAUGGAGAAAGCAGAAAUAUUUUUACACAGCAAUGGAAAAAAAUAUGUAGAAGUUUUGAGAAAAGAGUAUUCAUGUAAAAGGGCAUCUGGCAGUGUAACAGAUAGCAAACAAAAUGACCUUGUGUUAUCAUCAGGUAGGAAUCAAAGAUUUCAACACAAGUCUAAAAAAAAUACAGAAUAUACUGAAUUCAAUGGCUUUCUUGACUCAGAGUUAUCAACAGCAGAAAUUGCAGACAAACAACAAGCUGGAAAUGUGUUACUUGGAAAGAAUGAUCAGUUCAUUACUUCUGCUGAAAGAAAAGUUUCCAAAACAAAUAACAGUAAAAAAGAUACAGUUGAGAGUGAAAGAACAAACAUAGCCUCAGACAGUGUUAAUGUGGUGAUUCAUGAUCAUGACACAGACGUCUGCUCAGAUGUUCCUGUUCACACUAGCUUUGAACUUGCACAAUUUGUUGCAGGUCUGGAGCAGUUUUCUGGGUCAUAUAGUAAUUUUAAUAAAUUUGAGUUUGACAGAUAUAAAGAACAUUUGGACUCUUCAGGUGUAGGGAAUACACUACAAAGCUGUUCAAACAUUGAUCUUGGUUUGCAUAGGAAAGUGAAUCCAUACACUGACAUUUCUAGUGAUGCGUUUAAUGUAUCGGCAUCUUCUGUUGAUAGUUCAGUGCAUAUUGAGUCCCUGUUUGAUCAGGUAUUUGAAGAGUCCUUGAAUCAGGGGAGACAAAUUUGUAGAAUGUUUCCACAGCAACAGCGGCCAGACAAUGAUUACAGUAGAUACAUUCUGGGGCCUAAUCAGCCAGUGGAAGGCAGUUGUCAGAUUAUAGACUUGAAGCCAUCUACAAGAAGAAGAGAUCUUAUAACAGGAAAGUCUAUAUGUGCAGUGUCUACAGACUUAGAUCAUCAAAAAGGUAAAUGUGACACUUCACCCAUACACCAGGAGAUGUUGGAUUCUGGUGCCACUGAAAUGAAUGUAACAUCUGAAUCUGAAUGUAAUAAACAAAAACAGGAUCACAGGUUACAACCAGAAUUGUGUAGACUCUCUACAGGAAGUAAUUAUGUAAAGAUGCAAGAAGAAUCAACUACAGAUUUGCAGCCAUCAUUUAGAAGAAAAAGGGUAUCUGCCAACAAAAGUAGAAGCAAGGAAAAAUGCCAGAUAAGUACACAGAUCAGUCUAGCUGAAAAAAAUGAAAGUUCUAAUGAUACCUGUAGAAAUCAAAGAGACAGAUCUUCUUAUAACCAGUGUACUUAUAUAACUGCCGAAAGAAAUAGUAAUGAUGCUAACACUGAAAAAGAAAAAGUGCAGACAUUACAUACUUAUGGCAUACAUAGUCUGGAAGAAAAGGGAAUUCGGCCAAUAAGGGGAUCCAAAGCUAGAAACAGAUGUAAAAAUACCACUAGAGUGUUAAGUAAUAAAGACAGAGUGAGGUCAACUUCAGAAGAGGGGAAUAUUCCAGUGACAUUUAGAAAUUCUGUUAGCCGGGACAGUUUAUCAGAUCACAAAAAUAAACAAUGUAAGGAGCAAAACAACAUACUGUCACACAAUACACAUCAGCUACAACAUUGUAGUAAACAAUAUGUACCAUGUAGUGGAGAACAAUUCAAACAGCAGAACAAAGAAACAAAACCCAGUUUAGAACUUGGUAGUUGUAGUAAAAGAUCUGGUCAGACAACAAGUAAAACCCAUGGGCCAGGUUAUUUUUCAUGUUGUCGUCCACCAGAUUCAUCACUUGACGUGUCUGCUUUGGACUUUAAUGAAAAUACUUCAUCAGCAUCUUCUAGAAAUCACGAACUUCACCUUCAAAGUAUGGAAAGAAAUAAAAGUGGAUCCUUUGAAAAUCACUGUGAUCUGAAGAAAGGAACUAAAAGGAAAAGAUACAAUUCCUUUCCAAAUAUUUUUGAAAUGUCAAAGCGUAAAGAAUUUUGUGUUAGAAAUAAAGGAAGUUUUGCUUCAAACUGUGUGCUUUCAGGUGGUCAAGCAAAGAAAAAGAAUAGAAUAAAAGCAAAAAAUAAAGUUGUGAAAAGAAAAGCCUUUGUUCAGAAUGGACAAAGAAUUAUUCACAAAAUACACAAAAAAAUAGCUGAAUCAAGUGAUCUUAGAUCUGAAAUACCUGGAAGUGAAAACAAAGAAAGUAUUGAAUCAGAAACAGUUAAAAUAUCCGAGUUAGAGAAUAUUAUACCACUUGAUGUUUUAACCUGUAAAAAUCCAAGAAAGGCUAGGAUGAGACUUGAAAAACAAAAAGGUGCAUUACAUAGACAUGUUUCAAAGGAUGCAAUAUGGAGAUUUGUUAACUCAAAAUAUUGAGAGUAAUGUGGAAUGUUUUACAAUUAUGAUAUAAAAAUGUUGAAAAUAUUA